CAAAUUCCUCUCUCAAAAGGAACAUGUUACUCUCCCCAGCCUAAGGUCCCAGUAGCAGCAAGUCCCUGUGAUUAACAAUGGCACGUCCCAGCUACCGGAUCAUGUCAUCCCAAGGCUUCCUUCUGUUCUGGGCUGCUCUGCAUUUCAGCACUUGGAAUGUUUGUGCAUCAGCAGAUCCUGGGCCCAUUUCAGGAGCAGCCCUGGUCCCAGACAGCACAAUGAACAAAACUGUCAUGAUGCCUCUUACCUGUCAAAGCUUCCAGUGCUCUGGCGAGAGAUGCUACCAGGAAGAAGCUCAUGGCAACAACACAGAGCCCUGCCACAACGCAACUCACUGUGAGCUUUACCGGUUCAACAGCACCAGCUAUACGGCCCGGUGCAGCAGUGAGUGUGGCAGCAGCAACGACACUGAGAUGUGCAUGACCAAUGGCAGUGUUAGCAUGAACCUGUGCACACUGGAGUGCUGUGGUUCGCCCAACUGCCUCAGCCUCAAUGCCACAGCCUACGGUGACCUGCCACCCACCACUACGCCAGCUCCCACAACUACUACCACCAAAGCACCCCCAAAAAACGGGAAAGUGUGCUCAGCUUUCACCUGCCACGGAGAUGGCUGCUACAAGAGCCAAAAGGCUUCAGUCGGCUGCAUUGUGGGUUUUGACUUCUGUGAGAUGAAGAAAACAGGACCCCACUACGUGGCAGGCUGCAGCAAGCUCUGCAAAACAUCUGGCCGGCCCUGCACCACUGGAUCCACUGCACCUUGCUAUCAGGAAUGCUGCCCUGCUAUGCCCAAAACCAGUUGCCUCAAGCUGGAUGGCAAAGUGCAUUUCAACCAGGCUGGGUCUCUGGCUCCUGCCCCCCUGCUUCAGUUCCUAACUGGGGUGGCACUACUGGGCCUGAACUAUGCCCUGUUGUUCUCCUUGGGGUCCCACUGACAGCUGGGCCUCUGAGGUUGAAGAAUGGGUCUUUGGGCUUGAGACCAUGCCUGCGGGCUAGUGUGGCUCCCUCUUAUGGGUUAGGAUCCCUCUGCAAAGAAGAAGGGGCAGGCGUUCAGGAAAAUACCCCCUCCUUCUUUCACCCUAUGCUGAGCAGAGCUUAUGCACAAUGCUUUCUGUCCCAAACCUUUGGCUUGUGUCUCUUGGCAAUGGAGUUCAUCUCUCUACCUGCCUCUUGCUUUGCUCUAGUUAGACCCAGAGCGGGGCUGGAGCAGGUGCUCUGGGUCA